AUGUGCGAUGACGCUAAUGAGUUGUCGGCGGACGGCUGUGACUAUCCCACAUGCGAGCCGUCGGCCGUAACCUCUUCGGGUACAAGGUUCGGUUAUGUUUGUAAUGGUGGAACGAAGACUAGUCGCGACUACUGCACUGUGAGUUACAUAGCCGUCGCUUGUUAUGGUCUCUGCAGAGGGUACAACCUGGUGAGCGACUCUGGAAGUCUCGUGGUCCUCCGGCAACAGUCAGGAAAGCUCACAGUGAGGAUUCUCGAUCUGCUACGGGCUCGCACGAGACAAUAA